AUGUAUAUUCAAGGUAAUGAGGCAGCAAUUAAGCGUGUAUCGGAUAAGGUAACAGAAUCCUGUGUUUUAACCAAAAAGGAUUUGUUUGCUAGAUUUAGUUUCUUGGUUGUUUGUGUCAGAAUUUGUAUUGCGCAUCCUACUUGGAUACCUCACAUAGCGGAUAUUCUAGAAUGUGGUCCUGUGUGUGAUACGUUGCUGCCGUUGAGCGGUUUAUCCUUAGUUAUAAUAGUGCAAAAGACAUGGAACACAUCAUUUAUAUUCUCUCACGGUAGAGGUAACCCACCUAUUCUCGGAUCGAACUGGCGUUUAGGCAGUGAAGUUGCCUUUAAUGAUGGAAAGGGGCCUCAAAAGGAACAGGGGACAAUUGGGCAACCAAGCCCGGAGGGCUAUAAUCGGCCGGAGGCCUCUCAAGGGCUCCCCGCCCUGGUCUUGGAAAGCGUUGAAAGGGAUAAUACCUUAGUUGCUUCAUCAAGGGACUUGUAG